ACUUGAUUCAAUGAGAUGAACUCCUACUUUAUUCUCGCAUCUCAAGUUCACUUCACAUGUGCUUUUGUCUCAUCCAGAUUGCCAAAGCCUUGUAAGUGACCAUGUAUCAACUCCGAUCUCUUCUCUUAUUCUCUCUUGGUGUCCUUGUGACAGCCGUACGGGGAGACAAUUCAGCGGAUUCCAAGAAUGCGAUUCCAGACGUCAACUUUGACCUAGAGGGGGAACACGCUGGUGAACUGCCCUCACCAUGGGAAGGCCCUUCUCACUGUGUCUCUGGGGACCAUUGCCUCUACUUCAACCCAGAAGGCAACGAUCACAACGGCCAGGUACUCAUCACAACGUCAAAUUAUGCCUACUUCACAGCAACGUUCCCCAAGAUCACUUCCGAAACCCAAAUCUCACCUGAUUCCUUCCACCUGGCUCCCAUCCCAAGAAAAGGGAAUGGAUUCGUGGCAGGCCGGCUGAUCAAAAAGGGCGAGGUGAUCAUGCAACGGCAGCCCUCUUUCUUGGUGCAUGCCGACGCGCAUAUCGACAUGAAGCCCGAGGUGCAGGAGAAGAUCUACCAGAUUGCACUGUCAAAGCUGUCCAAGGACGCCCAGGAAAAGUUCUUGUCGCAGUUCGGCGAAGGCGUCAGGGCCAAGAUCGAUAAGAACAGCUUCCGGAUCGUGAUUGAUCCAUCCGGUGAUAAGGAGAGCGGGCACUUGGGUGUGUUUGUGGAUGUUAGUGGGUUCAACCAUGACUGCAGGCCAAACGUUCAUUACCGCAUCACCAACACCACUCACACCACCGUUGCUGUUCGGGACAUCCACCCUGGAGAAGAGCUGACUAUCAGCUACAUUUACGGCAUCGCUCGCAGGUCCACCCGCCAAAAGGAGCUGCAAGACUGGGGCUUCGAGUGCACUUGCUCUCAAUGCACCCUCAACAGCCUUGAAACCGCCGCCUCCGACGCCAGAGUCAAGGAGAUCAAACGUCUUGAGGAGGAAAUUGAGGACAAGAUGUCCAGAAGAGGGGAAGAUAUCAAGCCUGAGAUGGGGGGAAAGUUGGUGGACAUGUAUCUUGAGGAAAAGCUCUUUGCCUAUCUGGCACCGACAUACGUGAGAGCUGCGCUGAUAUACAGCAUGUUUGGGAACGAGGUGAAAGCGAAGGAAUAUGCCGAGGAAGCUGUAGAUGCAUUGACAAGAGAGUAUGGAACCCAUGCAAAGGAUAUCCAGAGUAUGCGGGAACUUGCAGCCGACGUCAAGGGGCAUUGGAGUUGGGGGAUUAAGGUUGUGAGUGAGGAGAAGGAACAAAAGACGUGGAAGUUGGGGCAAGGGAAGGGAAAGAAGAAUGAGACGGGUGAAGCUGGCGCCAAGAAGGAGAGAAAGAUUAGAGAGAAGAUCGGGAAGAAGGCUGGAAAGACAGUUAAGGAGGCAAAGGCGAAGAAGGAUGAACUGUAAAGGGCGGCAGACACAGACCUGAGACAGCAGAAAAGAAUUUGGUUGAACAAAUC